UUGUCUUGCAUUAUAAAUGUGGCUAUGUUGAAUUUAAAUUAGCUUGGAAAGAUUUGGUUCAGCCUUCUCCGCUUUGAUUAAUUAAGGUUCUUUGUUGAGCACCUUCUUGUGAAUUCAUGAAACUUUGGAUUUAAAACAAGGAGAUUGGUGGAAAUUUGGCACAAGCGAUACAAGAUGAGGUUAAAAAGUUCAGUGAUUAACUGACUGUUUUAAAUAUAUUGAAGACGAAUAUCAAUGUCAUAGACAAUAGUGUGAAAGUCAAUUGAUCAGAGUCAACCAUGAGAUUGAGACAACAUUCCUUAGCAGUGGUAGUUGUGCUGGCAAGCAUCUGUUUGAUUCAGACUCAUGCAAAUAAAAAACCGGAAUGGAAGGAGGGAGCUGGUGCAUUAACUGGCAGUCCUUUUAUCAGUCAGAUAGAAGGUACCGAAGUUAAAUUAUCAUGUCCGGCUAAAGGUCGACCUAAACCGGAGCUGAUCUGGUACAAAGAUGAUUCAGCCUUCUUCCCGAGAACAGAUAAAAUCAGGAUGAAAGGUACAAACCUAAAGUUCAUGGACUUGAAGGUGAAAGAUCAGGGGAACUAUACUUGUGUUGCUCAAAAUGUUGCGGGCUCAAUAGAGUUUACUUAUGUUCUGGAGGUCAUGGAGAAGAUUUGGCCACUUGAAGCCAAUGUCUCGUCCAAUAUGACUGUAUAUGAGGGGGAGGACGCCAGGUUUUUCUGUAUUGUAACCAAUGACGAGACAGCAAAGAUUCAGUGGCUUCGAAUAGAACGAGAUGAAACCAUAGGUGAUAGACCACAACAUACAUUCCUACAAGGGGUUAACGAGAGUCCCGAGAUCUUGAUACUUCACGAUGUCGUGCCCGCAGAUGCUGGUCAAUACAUGUGUCUCAUUGGUAACAAGUAUGGCUCCAAGUACCUGCACAUGUACUUGACGGUACUUGAGCUUACAACAACGACCACUUCAACGACGACAACCACUCCGACCACAACUACAACAACAACUACUACAAGUACAACAAGCACCACAACAACAACAACAACAACAACAACCACACCCACAACAACAACAACAUUGCCAUCUACAACAACAACAUUUGAGAGAAUGAUUACUGAGAGAAUCACAGAAAGACCCGAGAAAAAGAAGAAAGAUAAAAAGAAAAAGGACAAGAAGAGGAAAGACAAGAAAAAGAAGGAUAAAAAGAAGAAAGACAAGAAGAAGAAGGACAGACAAAGGGAAAAAGAAAAGGAUAAAGUGUUAUAUGAGGACCCUUCUUAUUAUAAUGAGUUAGACCUUACACCAACUGGGUUUGAUAAUUCUUACCCAUUUGACAAAGGUAAUAUAUUGGUAUACUCAGGGUGUUUGUGCAUGUUUACGAGGGAAAAAGCAGAUUUGGGGGUGGAAGGGGGACGGGGGCAGAGGCAUUUUUGUAUUAAGCAUUUCAAUGCUGAUGAAAUAAAUUAAAAUACCAAAAAUGCCUUUGGCAACAUAAUAUUAUCAUGUUUGUGCAUGUAUACAAGGGACAAAGCAUAUUUGGGGG